UGGGGCGAUGCCGCAGCUCCGGCCGUGGGCGGGCCGUCCGGCAGGCAGGCUGCUGAGAGCUGAAGAUGUCGAGCAGGUAUCACCGGGCGGCGGCCGACGGCAACCUGGAGCUGCUGAAAGAAGCCACUCGGAAAGACCUCAACGCUUCCGAUGAGGACGGGAUGACGCCCACGCUGCUGGCCGCGUACCAUGGGCGCCUGGAGGCUCUGGAGAUCAUUUGCCGCAGAGGAGGCGAUCCGGACAAAUGUGACAUCUGGGGGAACACUCCGCUCCACCACGCUGCAUGCAAUGGCCACAUCCACUGUGUCUCCUUUCUGGUCAGCUUCGGUGCCAACAUAUUCGCUCUGGACAACGAGCUCCGCACGGCGCUGGACGUAGCUGCCAGCAGAGAUCGCCACGAGUGUGUCAGACUGCUGGACAGGGCUGCCACAGAGCAGAACGUGGCCAACCCCAGGAAGGUCUCCAAACAGAAGGCCCAGGCCCAGAGGAACGUGGAGAAACAGAUCAAGGAGUGCGAGAAGCGGCAGGAGAAGCACCAGCACGAAAUGAACAGGAGCUAUAUGAAGGAGAAGAUUGGCUCGGUGACCUCCUCCAGAGGGACUCACUCCAGGGUGAAGCUGCCGACUCUCUUCACAUCGAAUACAGCAGCUCCUUUCUCCAAAAACCUGAAGGAUACCUUCAAACUGAAGGCAAAAAGGAUGGCUGGCAGCACGAGAAGCCAGGAGCCACAAAGCAACGGCCAGGCAGACGGCGGGGACAGGGGAAGCGUGAUGCACUUGUUCGAUGAGAGGGAGGAGGACGACUUACCCAAUGAUGAUGGCCAGCUCUCCAUUUUCACACGGCCAGGUCUCGGCAAGAUCGUGUUUGGAAGGAAUUUGGCUGCAGAUAUAGAUCCCGGAACUGUGUCUUCCCAGAAAGAAGGUAUCAGCUUUAAAAUGUCCAGCGAGCUCUUCCAGAAUGAAAGUGCUGAGAGCAGCAUGGAGGGCGAUGCUGGAAGCGGUGCGGAUGUUCCCUGGCAGGAGGAGGAGCUGCUCUGGGACGACGAGGAAGCAGAGAGCACACCCCUGGAGGUGUUUCUGGCCUCACAGAUGCUGGAUGAGUUUCUACCCGUCUUCAUGAGGGAAAAAAUGGAUUUAGAUGCCCUGAUGCUGUGUUCUGAUGAAGACCUACAGAGCAUCCAGGUGGAGCUGGGGCCAAGAAAGAAAGUCCUGAGUGCUGUGAGUAAAAGGAAACAGGCAUUCCAGGAUCCCGGAAAGACUGUGGAUACCUGCUUGUAAAACAGCAUCCCCACUGCUGAGAUCUACUGAUCUGCACGCUGAGAUCUUUUCCUGCUUCAAAACAGCACGCGGCUCUUCUCACACCACUGCUAAUGCAAAGGGCAAAGAGCUCAUGGCAAUGCAAGGAGCUCAUGGAAUGCAAAGAACUCGUGGUAAUGCAGAGAUGUGCAGUCAGACCGGGGCUCCUCACUCUGGGUUGGUGGCUGUGGUGUGCGGAUUUGGGCACAUUCUGCCAACAGUAAGAGCCAAGAGCUGUAAUCCAGGGCUCGUUCUCCCUGCUUACAUGGGUGGGGGUCUCUGGGUGUGACUGAACGCACCUCGCGGCUUAACGAACCGCCCCGUUCUUCUGCCGAACACCACUGGGCUUUCCCAGAGCUGCAGGCUUCCAGGUUUAUCUCCGUCCCUGCGUUAGAUUGCUGCAAACUGCUCUUCUCAGUGCUGCUGCUCUGCUAGAAUAAAAUCUGCUCCUUGACUCCAGCCGGGGCUCAUCACCUCUGCUCAUGUCUGAAUUCAGGUAAACAGGAGUAUCUCACAGCCAGCUCCGUGCCGCCGCUCACACUUCUCUGCUGCUGUUGCUGAGGAGUGCCUGAAAUCCCCAUUGAGAUCCAAGAGGGCUGAGCGGCACCUCCUCUUGCCUCGCUGUGUGCUGGCACACACGGUGUCCUGAGGGCACCGGGAGGCAAUCCCUCUGUGGACGCGAGGCCGAGGGUCUCUUUUCCACACGUUUAUUGGUUCUGUGUGUCCCUGCAGGGCACGGCUGGCACGCAGACUGAGGAGCAGAGCUGUGCAGCCGGUGCUGCUGCUGCUCAGUGCCACCUCAGCCUGGCACUGCAGAUGCACACACAUCCAGCUCACAAGAGCAGGCAGGCGGCGAUGAGCAGGGCUGGUAUCCCACUGACUGGUCCCAUAGCUGGGGAGGCACGGUGCUUUCCUUCAGAGUGUGCGGCAUUUGUGGAAACGAAUCGCAGUUAAUCAUCUACUUGUCACGCUCCAUUCUUUCCACAUUUUUGUCUUCUCUGAUUUGCUCACCAUUGCUUUCCUUGGCUGGACUUUGUGCUGCACUUUUUCCCUUUCCUGGCACUUGGCACGCUGUAUUUCCCUGUGCCAAGCAGUGCCAUCAGACCCUGCACUGUGCAGCAUCAGCUGCCAGCCGCGAGCGCAGGGAUAGGUCGGGCAGUGCCACCCGGGAUCGGUGUUGGAUUGAUUCUGGCUGAGACUCACCAAUACUUAACAAAGCAAGAAGCAAACGAUGAGCCUUAUAUGUGUGAAACUACACAAAUGGAUUUGAAGGGCCAAAUCCAGUCCUUGUCAGCCACAUCACUGAUGCAGAGGCGCAGGGCACGGUGCCUGAUGAAACCAACAACCCAUCCCCCGCCAUGGUGCCCAGUGAAGUCCCAUUGCCAUUUCUUCAGCAAUUCCAUUUGAGUAUCCCUCAGAUCUGACCCUCCCUGCCCACCCCUGCAAGGCCUUCGACGUGGUCCUGCACCGCAUCCUCGUCUGUGCGUUGGACAGAGCUGGAUCUGAAGGCUGCACUGCUCAUGGAUAAGGAACUGGUCGGCGCUCACAGCCAGAGCGCUGCGGUCAGUGGCUCUGUGUGCAGUGGAGG